ACUGGAGCACGGAAAAUGGAAAAUGCUGUGAAACUGCGGCAUCGCCGACGCAUGCCACGCAAUCAGCGGGAGCAGACGCCGGAUGCCAACAGCCGGCCGCCAGUGCAGCUGGAGCGGGAUGCCGGCUGGGAUCGGGAUCGGGAUGAGGAUCGGGCACAGCAUGUCUGCAUGCAGAUACGUCCGCCCGGCUCGGCCAUGUCCGCGCAUGAGAGCAAAAUACUGCGCAGGCGGGACAAAAGUUUUGCGGGUGCGGCGGCGCGCAGUCAAUCGCAGCCACGAGAGGCGGAGAAGCUGAGCAGUCCGGAUGCGCAUCAGCUGAUCAAGCAGCAUCGCAGCCUGUCCUCGCCGCGCCACAAGGACGAGUCCAGCGAGAGCGAGCUGACGGGCAGCUCGCAGUCCUACAGAACGCAGCAGCAACAGCAGCAGCAGCAACAGAAGCAACAGCAGCUUGGCGACGACUCGCUGAGCCGCCUGGAGCAGAAUAUGCUGCGCUUCGAGGAGGAGCGACGGCGCUUCGAGGCGGAGAAGCGCCUGUUCGAGCGGGAGCGGCGGGAGCACAAGCUGCGCCACCGCCAACAGCUGGACCACGAGGAGCGCAAGCGGCUGCUGCAGAGCUAUCGCAAGAUCAGCGAUAGUUUUCAGCUGCCCCAGGACGAGGAGGAGCGCCGUCGCCUCGUGCAGAGUCUGCGAUUGCAGCGCAAUGAGGCGCCCGCGGUGCGGCUGCGCAAUCGCAGCAGCGGCUACGAGGAGUCUUCCACGCAGUUCAGCUCCUCCGAUGCGGACACCGCUGAGGAGCAGCUCACGCGGCGCAAGACGACGGCACAGCCCAUGGCCAUGCCUGGUUAUAUAGCAGCGCCCAUACGCGGAACACCACCGCCACCACCCACCACGCAGCAGGCACCACCAAAGCCACCUGAGCGUCGCUCCGUAAGCCGCAACAGCUCCCUGUCGCCCGUACGUCCGCAGCGACGCUCGAAGACGCCGGAGCCGCGCAGCAUCGAGGCGGAGCACUUGAACCGGAAGACCGAAUACGUGGAGGUGGGCGAAUCUGCCGUCGAUUCUCCGGUGAAGGUGAAGCUCAGCGAGGAGCAGCAGCGCGAGGAGCUGCGUCGCGCCUAUGUGGAGGCAGCCGAGCGAGCAGCAGCGGCAGAGGCAGCGCUGGCCAGGAGUCUGGCCACGCAGGAGAAGGUGAAGCGCAGCAAUAGCCUGAGAGCGCCCGAGCCUGAAGCCAGGCCGGAAUCCAAGCGCAGCUCCAGUCUGGAACGACCAAAGAGAACAAAGCGUGAGGCCAGCCUCGAGAGGCCCAAACUGACGGAGAAGCAGGUGAUAGCUCCCCAAGACGAUGAACAGCCUCCAGUGGAGGCAGACACAAAGGAAGAGCUGCCCAUCCUUACAGAAGUGGAGAAGCCCCCUGCUCUGCUCAAGCGUCUGGGCAACCUAUUCAGGAGUAAGCCACGUGUGGAUACAACGCAAACUGUGAUUCCCGCAGAGACAGCCUCGGGUUUGGCCUCUGCCUCGGCCAAGUCGAGGUCUCUGCUGGGUCAUCUGCGCCUGGAGGCGGCACACGAAUGGCGACGCCUCAAGCUGGAUUACCCUGUGCGCAUGGCCGAGAUGCGAUUGCUGAGGAAUCAGUGUAUAGCUCACUUCAUUCUGCUAAUCCUGCUGCUGGGCUUUGGCGGCCUCAUGUUCCGCUACACGGAGGGCAUGUCCGAGGACAUUUACAAGUGCGAGGUGCGCAAGGUGAAGCGUGACUUCAUUGACAAUCUCUGGGCAGUCAGCCACAACAUGAGAGAGGAUGACUGGAAGUCCUUGGCGCGCCAUAAGCUGCGCACCUUCGAGGAUGAGCUCAAUACGCUGGCCGAGCUGGGCUUGCGUCGCUUUCCGGGCCAAAAGUCGUUCAACUUUGUCAAUUGCUUUAUAUACUGCUGGACUGUGAUCACAACCAUAGGUUACGGUCACAUAACUCCCAAGACACAAGUGGGACGCGGUCUGACGAUCAUCUAUGCGAUCAUCGGUAUUCCGAUGUUCCUGAUCGUCCUGGCUGAUUUGGGCAAACUGUUUACGCGCAGCGUGAAGUUCCUCUGGGCGUAUGUGAGGCGGGUCUAUUACACCCGGUCGUGUCGUAAAAUACGAAGGCAGCAGCAGGUGCGGGAUGCGAUGACGGGAUUCAAUACGGUCUACGACCUGGCCAUACGUCGUCCGAGCAUGUUCUUCGGCAUGACGGAGGCAACGGCUGCGGAGCUGGAGUCGCAGGGCGAGGGCGACGCAGAGGCGGGCAAAUCACUGGGCACCUCCCACCCGGAAACACCGACGUCCCCAUAUCUGGAAACCUUCGAAGUGGACGACGAAUUCAAUUUGCCCAUAUCGGUGGCCACGAUGCUACUGAUUGUCUACAUCCUGCUGGGCAGCGCCGGGUACACGUUCAUCGAGAGCGAUUGGAGCUUCUUCGGUUCGUUCUACUUCGUUUUCAUCUCGAUGUCGACGAUUGGCUUCGGCGACCUUGUGCCAGCGAAUCCUUUCUAUGUGAUGGUCAGCAUGAUCUAUCUAAUCUUCGGCCUCGCGCUGACCUCCAUGUUCAUCAAUGUGGUCCAGAUUAAGCUCAGCGAUCACUUCAAACGAGCCAGCGCCAAGGUGGGCGCCACCAUUGGCAUGAACAUGGCGAGUGAGUUCGGGGACGGAUCACAGGUGAAGACGCCGUCGGAGUUUGCAUCGGUGCAUGGCUCACGCCUAGGUCCCAUCGAGGAGGAUAGCCACGAAACGUCGGCCAAUGGAGCAGCUAAUCCCAAUAUCAAUUCUACCCCACCGCUCACAUCGAUAUUGCGUCCCCCACGCCCCCUGUCGCCAGCAACGGUACCACUGGACACGCCGCCUCCAUUGUUGCCCCGACAACAACCACAACAACAACCGCCGCCUGCACCAUCCGAAGGAGAAGCAAAGAAGAAGUAUAGAUUUUUCUAAGCAUAAAGAUUGAUCACGAGAGUCUUACAUAACCUGAAAAUGACAAGAAA